AUGAUGAGCUUGAGAUUUUUGCCUCUGUUUAUACUCUACUUCAUUUCCUUCCUUUCCAAUGCAAUAGUAGCUAAGGAAGACAAGAACAAUGCCGAAGCGAUUAGGAGCACAAAAAGGAACACACUGAACCUCAAUGUUCACGACAAUCGUCGUCCUCGUGACGAUCAUGUGAUUGAUAAUGCGAAGCAAGAUGAAGCUGUGCGAAAUAUGGUGAAAUGGUCCAUUGAGCAAGGAGGCUAUAUUCAUCCAUAUGUCGAGAUACGACGAUGGGAUCCUUCUGAUCCUAGUAGUUAUUUCGGUGCCUUUGUCAAUGGGCCUGUGAAAAAAGAUGAACUGCUCAUCAAAAUUCCCGGAUCCAUUGAGAUUCAGAUUGACGAUUUUUUUAGAAUGGGCAAGUUACCGUACAGCGAUGUCGUAUGUGAGUUGGCUUGGACGUUGAAACGGGAAUAUGAACUCGGGGAAGACAGCAAAUUUGCUCCAUACAUUGAAUACAUCAAAACACAAUCCAAAUAUCAAAUACCGGCCAUGUGGACCGAUGUGGGCAAAAGCUUGAUCACAAAAGUGCAGGGUGACCUAUCAAUGAUGGACUUCGAUUUGGAAGAUACGCCCGGAGAGCACAUGCAUAACUGGAUUUAUGAAUAUUUUGGUGGAGAGUUGUGCUUGCUCGAUGCAGACAAUGAGGAAGAAAUGGAGGAGUGGUAUGUUGCCAUGGCCACACAAAGAGGGUAUGACUAUUGUCUCAUUCCAAUUUACGAUAUGCUCAAUCACAGCAAUGAGCGUGUAAAUAGCAUAACUCGGCCGUCGAUAUACAACAGGGAUGGCUUUGGUGUUUAUGCCCUGGAAGACUUGAAUGCUGGGGACGAAAUAUUGUACUCUUACUAUGACUGUCCCGACUGCAAGGGCUGUCCAACCUGUGGAACCAGCUUAGAAUAUUGGGGAACACCCGAAAUGAUUCGAGAUUUUGGCUUUGUUGAACCAUAUCCACACCGGUUUUACUACGACGACAUGGGUCCCGUCUAUUUGAGAGUCGAUGAGCAUCCAGAUGGGCUUGAGAUUAGUAAUGAGGGAGGAGAAUGGCCCGAGAUUGAAUGGAUUGAAUCUCAGAUUGCGAGAUUGAAGCCAAUGUUCGAGAGAGAUAUUUAUCCACUGAGGAAUGUAUUGCCAUCGCAUGAGCUCGAAACAAUUGUCAACUAUCAUGGCUCGCUCUUGGACUUUUUUACGGCCUACCAGGAAGUUGAUGCCGCGGAUAGCAAAGAUGAGAAUCAUGGAGAAAGUGACACUGGCAGAGAUGAAGACCUCUCAGAUGGAGGAGAAGGAGAUGCCCCCCACUGCAGAAGCAGAUGA